ACACAAGCUCCGUCUCUCACUUCCCCACACUCUCUCGUCGUCCCUAAUCGAUUUUCGGACAAUUUUCCGCGUUUUUAUUGACAAUUUUUGAGUUUUAAUAAGGAUUUGGCAGCUAAAACACUAUGGAAACCAUUUUCGAAGACGAGGAGACCAUGAUGGCUGCUGAGCAGAGUUCUUCAGGGAUUUCUGCCAAUUCAAAUAGCAACUGUAGUGCAUCGAAAACCGAAAAAGCGUCGAAAAAACCGAAAAACGCCAUUCCAAAAGUCAAAAACUCUGGAAUUCACAAGAAACCCGCCAAAUCGGACUUUGACGAGUUUCUGAGCAGCAUGAAGAGCCGAUUAUCUCAAGCUACCAGUAUGAAAAGCAAUAAAGAGCAACUCAAGAUGUUAGAGGAGACGCAGAAGCUUAUUUUCGAUAGAAUCACAAAGUCAGCCGAUGCGCGGGAUAUGGAACAUUUGGAGAAGCAAAUGAAUAAACUUUAAAUGUGCUUUCUUUAUUUUAUUUUUUUUUUAAUUUUGUGGCAAAAAUCCAUGUAAAUUUGUGAAAUUAUGUAUCAAUCGCUGUCGAAAUAAAUUAUGUAUUUUU